AUGACUAUGAAAUCUACUUUUUUGGAUACUUACAACAACCUCAUACUGCCUUCUAAUGGACCAAAAUUAUGGCCACAAGUUGACCUUCCACCCAUCUUGCCUCCAUAUGUUAGAAGGGCACCAGGUAGGCCCAAAAAACAAAGGAAAAAAGGUAAUGAUGAGAAGGUGAAACAUUCUCAAUCUGGUGCUGGUAGUAGUAGCAAUAGUAAAUCUGUGCCCAAAAGAAACCAACACAGUCUCAAGUGUGGAAGGUGUGGUGUGGUUGGUCAUAAUGCUAGGACAUGCUAUGGUAAACUACUUGGUGAUAGGAUGCUUGCACCAGGGGAGAAUCAGACCAAUCCAACUGUUCGGCAACCUCAAGCACCACCUGCACCCAAGAAGAAAGGGCCAUCUAACAAGAAAGGACCAAGCAAAAAGGCUGGGAAAUCAUAUGGAACCACACCCACAACUGCACCAACAGCUUCAACCACAACAGAAGCAUCACCUGGAAACACAACUGCACCACCAGCUGCAAGCACCACUUUACCACCACCUAGCACCAUUGUACCACCACCUGCUGCAACCAACAUUGUGUCACUUGCAAGCAACAAUGUGCCAACUGCAAGCAACUCUGUGCCACUUGCAAGCAACUUUGUGCCAAUUGUGAAGCCACAAAUAGUGGGGGAAAACAUACUCAUGGUGCCUAAGAAGUGCAGGAAGAUUGGUAUGAAGAGAAAGUCUGAAGAAAUGGAGCCAAUUGGAACACAACAGUCAGUAAACAAUAAGUAG